AUAUAGUUUCCUAAAGUCAUAAUACCAUCAUGGUUACCAAAUUUGCUCUAUCACUUUUACCCUUGGUAGUUCUGGCUUAUGCCGAAGAAUGCAUCGACUAUGAUGCCCAUGCCGCAGAAAUAGAUUCGUGCUGUUCUGUGCCGAUGGGAUUGCCUACGGGACCGUUUUCCAACUGCAUAAAAUCGGCGGAGCAGCAAGUUCCGGACAAAGAAAUUCACGCACUUCUUUCCUGCGCCUUCGACUGUUACUUGACAGAGAUCGGCAUCGUUUUCGAGCAAACCGUGAAAAUGAACAAAGUCAAAGAGUACAUGGGAAAGCUGGAAGCAACUGCCGGAAACCUGAGGACGUCCGUUUGGCAAGCUUGUGCCACCAUUGGACCCAAAAUAGUUGAAGCUCUCGAGGGAAAAACUUUCAAGUGUCAUCCGUUUGCGCUCGAAAUGAAGGCCUGUGUCACUUUUCUGAUCGAUCGUAAAUGCCCCGACGCAUAUUUCAAUGACAAAAGUGCAAUUUGUCAAAAAGUACGUGCCGGUGUGCCGCCUUGUCGUCAUUGAUGGAAUGAGCGAACAAUUCGGUCUAUCACUAGCUAAAUGAACACAACAUAUCAGUUUAACGUUUUUCCCCUUUCUUAGCUAGAACUGUUUUUUUUUUUAUUAAAUAUACGAUUUUUCAUGUAUAUAAAUGUUCAGUAGAUUAAUUACGAGUC